GUUUGUGUAAUAGUGUUGGUGAUUUCUUCGUAAUACUUUCGUAGUUUCGAAUUUUCUUUCAUUCCUCCAAAAAGUUGUGUUGUACCUUCUCUGGCCAAGACGAUGGCGGCUACAUUAGGAAGAAUUUGUGGCUCUAAAUUGCUAAAAUCAGUACCUGCUUUAAACCUGCAGCAGGCUAACAAUUUGUCCACUGCCAAAACCUGGACUAAUGGUCAAAAGAAGCUCGUUGCCACUAUUGGCGCCUUAACCGGCGGUGUAGGAGCUUUGAUCUACGCUAUGGAGCAAUCCGUCGAUGCCUCAGGCACUGAAGUUCACCCACCAUCCAUGCCCUGGAGCCAUAAUGGUUUGAUUGCUGCUUUGGAUCACGCCAGUGUCCGUCGUGGCUAUGAAGUGUACAAACAGGUAUGCUCUGCCUGCCACUCCAUGCAAUACAUUGCCUAUCGUAAUUUGGUUGGUGUAACUCACACUGAAGCUGAAGCCAAGGCCGAAGCUGAGGGUAUUAUGGUUCGUGAUGGUCCAGAUGAUACUGGUAACUAUUAUGAUCGUCCUGGUAAGUUGUCGGAUUACUUCCCUUCACCCUACCCCAACGAAGAGGCUGCCCGUGCUGCCAACAAUGGUGCCUAUCCUCCAGAUUUGAGUUACAUUGUCUCAGCCCGUAAAGGAGGUGAAGAUUAUAUCUUCUCUCUUCUCACUGGCUACUUCGAAGCCCCAGCUGGUGUACCACUGCGUGAAGGUCAAUACUUUAACCCCUACUUCGCAGGUGGUGCUAUUGGUAUGGCUCAAGUCUUGUACAAUGAGGUUAUUGAAUAUCAAGAUGGUACCCCAGCCACUCAAAGUCAAUUGGCCAAGGAUGUAGCCACCUUCCUUAAAUGGACCUCAGAGCCCGAACAUGAUGUGCGCAAGGGUAUGAUUAUCAAGGUUCUCGGCAUUAUGACUUUCUUGACUGUCGUCUCCUACUACAUUAAGAGACAUAAGUGGUCCGCUUUGAAAUCACGAAAGAUCUUCUAUGUACCCAAGAAGGAUUAAGCUAAAUUACGUAUAUUAACAACAAAAACGCCACACAUUUCUAUUUACAAACUAAAGAGUAUGCAAUUAGGUUCUCUUAAAAACAGGAACUAAAUAAUGUCACCAUCAUCUAUCGAUAAUGAAUGGAAACUAAAUAAAUAAUAAUGUUAUUAGAAAAAUGUUAAAUCUAAAAGCUAAACCAAGAAAGUCAAACAAAAUAAAUAAAUUACUAUUAAACGUAAUUUAAAACAAACCAACAAAUAAAAAAAAUACUUUAAAAGUAAUUUUAUUCAAUCGUUUUUGUAAGAAAUUUGUUUUUGUUUCAUAUUUAUUUAAAUAUCCCUCUGCCGCCGUAAUUUUUGCUAAACUUCUUUCUAACUAUACUGCUUUGUUUUUAAAAAUAAGAUUUAAGUUGAAUUUUCCAUAAAAAAGAAAACCAAAAACUUUAAAAAAAAAAAUCAACAAAUUUUGCAACCAAUGUUAUUUUAAAUCUUUUUAGUAUUAGUUCAGUUUAAGUUUACACACAUAUAAAUUGUAUAAUUGAGAUGAGAUGUUGUAGUCGACAACCACUUCGUAAAACUAAUUUAAAUGGUUCGUUGUGAUUUCAAAGAUCUAAACAAAUAAUAAAUGGUUAUUAACUUAUAAAUAUUUUAACAA